CAGCCGGGAACGCCGCGCCCAGCCUCCAACCUGGGGUCUCGCGUAUCCGUCGACCCGUGCUCCGGGCUCUCUGCUGACCCCCUCUGCAGGUCCUGCCACGCGCCUGGUACCUGGGACCCUGCCCUGCAUGGGAGCCCUGCGCCCUCGGUCCGGGAGGCAGAGCUCCUAGUGUCCAUGUUUCUGUGAGAACCGCUGGACGCAGCCAGGCCCCGCCUCCUGCGGUCUUUGAGCGCGCGGUCCGGACUUCGCCGGAUGUUGAUGGCGUCGCCUAGCAACGAGAGAUGGCGGAGCCGGAGGACCAGGCUGACGGGUCACACCUGGAUGGCGAGCAGGAUUCUGCCGACGAGGAGACAGAGCAGCAGUACUCUGAAGGUCGUGAGGCAUCACCACCGCCACCGGAAAACAAUGGCCAAGAUAUUGAUGAGGGUAGAGAUGCCACCAAAAGUCCUGAGGAAGACACUACAACUGAAGGCGGAGACGGACUUGAAGGAGAAAUGCUGGAAGCUGAGAAAGUCAGCACUGACGGGGAAACUGUCUCUGAAGGAGAAGUGGGGUCCAUUGGAGAGGGUCCCCCAGAAACAGCAGUGGAAUUCAUUGGAGAGGCUGCUCCAGAAACAGACGUGGAAUCCAUUGAAGAAACUUCCCCCGGAGCAGACAUGGAACCCACUGGAGAUACCAUACAGAAAUAGAAGUUGAAUCCAUUGAAGAGGCUGCCCCGGGUACGGAUGUGGAGCCUGUUAGAAAGACCAUGACAGAACUAGAAGUUGAAUCCAUUGGAGAAGAGACCUCAGAAACAGACGUGGAUUCCAUUGGAAAGCCCAUCCUAGGAGUGGACUUGGAGUCCAUUGGAAGUGCCGUACCGCAAAAAACAGCUAAACACGCUGGAAAGGUCAGACCCCAAAAGGAAGUCGGAUUCACGGAAAGAGCUGUUCCAGAAGGAGAAUCUGAAGUUUCUGACCAAGAGAAAGCAGAAGGCCAUUUCUAUGACUUGGAUGAACUCUCUGAGAUAAUCAGCUCUCCCGAGUACUCGUACUCUGAUGUCAGCCCCUGGGAAAUGGGUGUAGAGGAAGGGAACAUCUCACCAACAAUAACCGACGCAUCCCAGCAAGGCAUGUACGAGCCCACAGAGCCCAUGGCACCCACGGAGCCCACAGAGCCCACAGAGCCCACAGAGUACGGCACGGUGAUACCCUCAGAACCUCCCUUUCAAAGAGUCUUUCCUAUGGGGGCGCGACACCGCUUCAGACUGAGCAUUAUGGGAAGUCUGACUCCCUCAGACAUUGACGAUCUUCCCCUGGAACCCGAGGAAACUCCUCAGCCAGAGUCAGUGCAGACACCUCCCAGAGCCCAUGAAGAAACCCGGAUACAGUUCCUAGACCAGGUCCAGACCCUCAGCCCCGAGGCCCUGCUGGAGAGAGCAACAUCUGAAGGGAGUGACGAAGCAGAGGAGGAAGGCACCCAACUGAUGGUGCUGGACCCAGACCACCCCCUGAUGAUCAGAUUCCAGGAGGCCCUGAAGAACUACCUCAACCGGCAGAUGGACAAGCUGAGGCUGGACAUCCAAGAGCUGGAUGUGGCCACCAAGCAAACCCGAACCCAGAGGCAGGAGCUGGGCGUGAACCUCUACGGGGUCCAGCAGCACCUGGCCCGCCUGCAGAUGCAGCUGGAGAAGAGCCACGACCGCCACUCUCUGACGGCCUGCGAGCGGAGAAGGAAGGAGGAGGAGCUGCAGAACGCCCGCGCCCUCUACAACAAGACCUGCACAACCGCCAACGAGGAACGAAAGAAGUUGGCAGCCCUGCAGACGGAGAUGGAGAGCCUGUCUCUGCACCUCUUCUACAUGCAGAACAUAGACCAGGACGUGCGUGACGACAUCCAAGUCAUGAAGCAGGUGGUGAAGAAGACGGAGAUGGAGAAGAUGCAUGCAGAGAUAGAGAAGAAAAAGCAGGACCUGUUCGUGGACCAGCUCACUGAAAGGUCACACCAGCUAGAAGAAAACAUCGCCCUGUUUGAGGCUCAGUACUUGUCCCAGGCCGAGGACACCCGGGUUCUCAGGAAAGCAGUGACUGAGGCCACCACAGAGAUUGAUGCCAUUAUCUUGGAGAAGAAGCGUAUCCUACAGCAGUGGACCACCAGCCUAGUGGGCAUGAAGCACCGUAAUGAGGCGUACAGGACGGUGAUGGAUGCUUUCAGGGAAUGUGAACACCAGGCGAAGUCCAUAGACAGUGAGAUUGAAGCCUACAAGAAGUCCAUCAUGCAGGAGGAAGAGAAGAACGAGAAGCUGGCCCGCUUCCUGAACCGCGCAGAGACAGAAGCCACGCUGGUGCAGAAAAUGACCACCCAGUGCCUAAGCAAGCAAGAGGCUCUGCAGACCGAGUUUAACACGUACCAGCUUGCCCUGCAAGACACCGAGGAGAUGCUGAACAAGAGCUGUGUGGAACACUCGGCAGUCUUGAGCGAACUCCAGGUCGCCCGCCAGAAUGUCCAUCAGGAGCAGGAGUUACGGCAAAAGAUGGACUUGUCCAUCCUGGACAAGCUGCAGGAACACGGGACCUCCAGCAAGAUGACCAAGUACUUUCAACAGCUCCUUCGGAAGCUUCAAAAGGAAAACACCAACCUGGUGACACACCUUUCAAAAAUCGACGGCGAUAUCGCCCAGGCCACCCUGGACAUCACCAACACCAACUGCAAAGUCGACAUGCAUAAGAAGACGCUGGCAGAGCUGGACAAGGAGGUCAAGCGGUUCAACGAACUCAUCACCAACAGCGAGAGCGAGAUCGUCCGGCGGACCAUCCUCAUCGAGAGGAAGCAGAGCCUCAUCAACUUUUUCAACAAACAGCUGGAGCAGAUGGUGUCCGUGCUGGGGGGAGAAGAAGCUGGACCCCUGGAACUGGAGAUCAAAAGGCUGUCGAAGCUGACGGAAGAGUCCAACACCGGAGUGGCUGAGGCGCAGAUGACCUGGCUGCGACUGCAGCAGGAACUGGUCCAGGUCACGCACGAGCGGGAGGAGCAGCUGGUGUCCGUGGACCAACUGAAGAAGGAGGUGCACAUCAUGGAGCAAAAGAAGCUUCGCAUAGAAAACAAGAUUGAGCAUGAGAAGAGGGAGCAAAAGAUAGUGAGCCGUCACAUGAGGGACCUGGACAAUGACCUGAGCAAGCUCAACAUGCUGCUGGACAAGAACCGGUGCAAUUCAGAACUGCUGGAGCAGAGCAACGUGGUGGCCGAGACCGAGUUCGUGCGCACGUUGAAGGACGCAGAAAGAGAGACCAUCCAAAUGCAAGAAAAGCUGACCGAACUCUCUGAAGAAAAGGCCGCCCUCCUCAACAGCCUGGUGGAGGCCGAACACCAGAUCAUGCUCUGGGAGAAAAAAAUCCAACUGGCCAAGGAGAUGCGCAACUCAGUGGAUUCUGAGACCGGGCAGACGGAGAUCCGUGCCAUGAAGGCCGAAAUCCAUAGGAUGAAGGUUAAGCAUGGGCAGCUGCUGAAGCAGCAGGAGAAAAUGAUCCGUGACAUGGAGCUGGCUGUGUCCCGCAGGGAGACCAUCGUCAUCCAGGCUGAAGGGCAGAGCAAGGUAGACAGGAAGAUGAUCACCAAGACAGAGUUCCACUACCAGCAGAGCGAGCUGCGGAAGAAAGUCAGGGAGGUUCACAAGGCCACAGAGGAAUGCUCCAACACCAUCUCAGAACUGGAAGAAACUCAGAAGCUCCUGAGCAGCUCCCUCCAGGAGAAGCAGCAGUCACUGUCAGAUAUGCAGAGCGAAACGGAUGUUCUCGAAGAGGAGAUCAGCCAGCUCACAGCUCUCAAACGGCAGAACCUUUUGGAGAUCGUGACCCUGCAAACCCGUGCCAAGUACCUGCAGUCCGCCGUUGACGGGAAAUACGUGUACCUGCACCGCAAUGUCAAGUCCCAGCUGAUGGAGCGUAAGCGCCUGAGCACACGGCUGUCCCAGCUCAACAGUGUCCUCUCCCGAGUGCAGGAGGACUACCCCCAGUACCAGGAGAUGCUGCAGAAAAUUCAACAGAAGAUUGUCAGCAAGCUGGAGCCCCCAGAGCCCUCCUAGACAGCGCCUGGCUCAUGUCUUCCAGGAUUGCCUUGGAAGCAGACCCAGGGAGUUACCCCGUGUCCUGAAAAGCCACGUGCCCCUUAACAUGACACCCUGUCUAAGAAACACUGGCAAGCCAGACACAUGGAUCGUAACCUCUCCGCUGCUCACACCAAGUGUAAUGCAGCCACCCCAAUCCCAACGCUUGGGUGAGCAUGCCAGCAGAGGCAUUACCUGGGCGUGAAAAAAAUCCACUUUCCUGUUAGACUUACCUGCCCAGGUAAAACCAUCCAUUGGUAGUUCUCCGGUCUGCGUCCAGUGCCCCCCACUGUCCUGGGACAGGCCCUCAAUUUUGUGGAGCAAGUAACGGAGAGAGGAUCCCAAGGAAGCCAGGAGCAAGGUAGACUGUUUCAGCCCUGGGAUAGCCUUCUCCAGCCCAUCUGAAGCCCAGAAGACACCCUCAUUCUCCACCCCACUGAAAGCUCAGCCUUCUCCUGCCCCCACCUCCCAGGAAGCAUUAAAUUAGACUGAAACCCAAAGACCAAAGCCAAGGACCCCAGGAGUCCAAAUGUCUAUGCAUCAGACACUCCUUCAGUAAGGGGGCCCUUACCUCAUCCGCCGACCACUGACCUCGUCUUCAUCUCUGCCUCCCCUACCCUGGGAUUUCUAAGCACCAGUUGCCUUUUUCACUUGUGUAGACGUGAAAUGGAAAACGUCCUGUGGAAUAAUUUCAGUUUUAAACUUUAACAGCAGAAAAAAAAAUAAAGUUUACAAAAGCUG